AUGGAUAUCGCCACCAAGUCAAGCAAGGCCGCUUUCUCCAUCGAGAAUAUCCUGGAGCAGAAGACCUCGUCGCAUCGAUCUCAGUCGCGCAGGGGGUCCUCUCAAAGUCCCGUGACGGAAACAGCCGGAAUACCUUCUCCACCUGCACUGGCCAUGCCCAAGGCAUCCUUGGCCACUGGUUCGUCCUCUGCCGGGCCCACUCCCUCUCCCUCGUCCACCACCAACAUCUUCGAUCUAUCCCGCGAGGCGGCUGCCGCCCAGUAUGCCAUGAAGAGUAUGGACUCCAGCGCCUUGCUGGCGCCCACCUCGCUGCGCUUCAACCCCAUCUACCCGGACCACGCCUCUCUGUUCUACCAGCAGGUGCUCCAGCUCCAGAAGAAUCCCUCGCUCUUCAUGCCCCACUUCCAGGCAGCCGCAGUGGCCGCCGCAGCCGCCGUCCAGCCCACAGCCUAUUGUGAUCAAUACAGUCCUUUCACCAUGGACUGCGAAGGAUUCCCCAACCCGGCCUCCGCUGCAGCCGCUCUCUACUGCAACGCCUAUCCGGCGGCCAGUUUCUACAUGUCCAACUUCGGCGUGAAGCGAAAAGGUGGUCAGAUCAGAUUCACCUCCCAGCAGACCAAAAAUCUCGAGGCCCGCUUCGCGAGCUCCAAGUACUUGUCGCCGGAGGAACGGCGCCACCUGGCCCUCCAACUGAAACUGACCGACCGACAGGUGAAGACCUGGUUUCAGAACCGGAGGGCUAAGUGGCGACGGGCCAACCUCAGCAAGCGCAGUGCAUCCGCCCAAGGAGUAGCAGGAGUAGCCUCCUCCGCUGCGAGCAGCAGUGUUCCCGUGUUGAGUCUCGGCAGCGGGAGCAGGAGUGGCCAGCAGAGCGAUGAGGAGGAUCGGAUGUAUCUAUCCGAGGACGAUGAGGACGACGACGACGAAGAUGAAGGGGAGGCGGAUGCGGAUGCAGAGGCGGAGGAGACUCCCAAGUGA